AACAGGCGUCAGUUUGUUUGCGAAAAGCGUAGCAGGUGGGUCUAAAAAACUAAUCGAGAUUUUUAUCGCGACUUUUCUCACGCUUUGCGUCGAGUUUUCGGACUUCGCGUUUUCAUACUUCUCACUUAUAACUACAAACAAGUAUCGUUAAAAGUACACAAGAGAAUAGGAUCCAAUUCUGUUGAGUUUUUCAUUACGUCGUUCUUAUAAUGGUCGACUAUGGGCAAGAGCAGCAAGCCAAUAGAUUCGUUUGUCCGAACGAUAGACAGCUAGCAUUAAGGGCUAAAUUAAAUACCGGCUGGAGCGUGAAAACAGCUUCAUUUGGAUACAGUCAAAAAGCUCCGCCAAUUUCUCCUUUAGCAGCAGAAGAACAGGAGGCUAUCGUUCAAGUUAUACAAAGGGCCGAACAGUUAGAUAUUUCGGAGCAGCAAAGGAUUGGGAAGUUAGUAGAAAAAUUAGAGAAUAUGAGGAGAAACGCUUUGGGAAAAAAUUCGUCACAAUGUCUUUUGUGUGGAGAUGGAUUUGGUUUAUUGGGUGCUCAGAAAAUUAACUGUAUGGAUUGUAGACGACAGGCAUGUACGAAAUGCUCUAUUGAUACUUUAGCUGGUAAAGGACCAAGACACGUUUAUCAGACGCAGCCGAAGAGAUCACCUUUUCUCGUCAGCCUUUUCUAUUUCACCAAAAAAGGGAAAUUGAAAAUAAAAAAAGUGCUUGUUUCUAGUACCACCACCAAAGAGCACUGGUUGUGUAUGAUUUGCGCCGAGACUAGGGAAAUGUGGAAAAAGUCUGGUGCUUGGUUUUACAAAAGUAUACCUAAAUACAUUCUUCCGGUAGAUAAUUCUAGAUUGACGAGAAAUAAAAGUGUUAGAGCUUCCAGAAGACAUAAAGAUGAUGAUAGUAGCUCUGAUGAUGAAAGGAAAAUUUGGGGAAGAAGGAAGAGAAUGAAUUCCAGUACAGAAAGUGCUUUUGAUGCAUUAGAUCAAGAUCAACCAGUUUAUAAUAAUAACAUAACGAGUUUCAUAUACAGCAGACAGACAAGUUCCAGUGAAUCCCAGGUCUCUAGAGAAAUGGAUUCUUUGAAAACGCAAGUUAGUUCAAUAACUUUAAAUGAGACAAAAAGUUAUGAAGACUCUGGGACCGAGGGAAGAGGAAUAGAUGCUGAUAUUUCUGAAUGUUCUCGAAGAGAAUCUGUGGGUAUAAGAUCCUCAUCAGAUUGGAAUUGGACCGAUACAAGAACCGAAGAUAGAGUAUCUCCAAGUACAUCUAGUGUGAACAGCAGUAUAUUGAAGAUGGGAAAUGAGGAUAAAUCUGGAGAUACAAUGAUGGGCGUAAUAGAGCUUUCGUUGACGUACGAUCAGGAAGCAAAUACUCUUCAUUGUGCAGUAUAUAGAGCUAAAAAUCUUAUACCGAUGGAUAUGAGUGGUCUUUCAGAUCCUUUUUGUAAAUUGAAUAUUUUACCGAAUGCAAAAAUUUCUACCAGACUCAGGACGAAAACCGUUCACAAAACAAGAAAUCCAGAAUUCAACGAAAACCUGACGUUUUAUGAUAUCAGCGAAAGCGAUUUGAUGAAGAAAUCGUUACAUAUUCUAGUGGUAGAUGACGAUAAAUAUGGACACGAUUAUAUGGGCGAAACGAGAAUCAAACUGGUUAAGCUGAAAUAUCAGAGUACUAUUUAUUUAACAGUACCUUUAGAGAAUUUACGUACUGAACAAAAAGGAGCAGCUUUAACAACAGAAUUGACCGAAUGGUUCGACGAUCUUUGGUCCAGAGGACAAAUUUUAUUGGGUUUGUGCUAUAAUACGAAAAAGCGAGCACUCGUAGUGACUGUUGUCAGAUGCAUUAACUUGUUACCGAUGGACAACAAUGGAUUAUCAGACCCAUUUGUAAAACUGCAAUUGAAACCUGAUCCAAAUCAUAAGAAACAUAAAACUUCCAUCAAAUGGAAAAAUUUGAAUCCCGUUUUCAACGAAGAAUUUGCUUUCGAAACAAGACCAACUGAGCUCAGUACUCAAAGUUUGUAUGUCACUGUUUAUGAUAAAGAUUAUGGAAAAAGUAAUGACUAUUUAGGUGGUUUGAUUUUAGGCGGUACUGGAUCUAAAGGAUUGAGGUUAAAGCAUUGGAUGGAUAUGAUUCGAUAUCCUGACCACAGACACGAACAGUGGCAUAAUUUAACCGAAGAUGUAUUAGAUUGAAUCGAUACGCCCAAUAUAAUAGACAUAAAUUGUGAUACGGGUUGGAAUAGGAUUCCAUAAUACGAGAGUUUGCAGACUUCAUAUUCGUCUUAAAUUUUCUUGUUUCAACCCUUGGCACAAUGUACGGUAUAUACACUAAUUGACGAGUGAACUUGAUGUUAUAAACUAACUAGAUAUAUAUUUAAUUGAUGGGUAUGUAAUCAAAAAAUAAAUUUUGAUAACAGAUUUAGUAUAUUGAAGUUACGAAAACUGUAAAAUGUUGUCAAAUGCUUGUAAUUAUUUUGGAAUAAAAUAUCGUUAAACUACA